AUGGCAAUUGAUUAUUAUCUAUGUUAUCAAUCUAAACCACAAGCAACAACAUGUUCAUCUAUAAUUAAAAUAAUUUUAGCUUUACGAACAAAAUUAAAUUCUUAUAAACCAUUUCUAUAUCGAAUUGGUGAUAUUGUUAAUUUUCGUGCUGUUGUAUCAUCCUUACGAGAAAAAACACGUUGUCAUUCGAAAAAUAAACAUGCUUUACCAACACGAAAACAGAUCAAACAUAUAUGA